GACACUUUCUUUUUCUCAGUGUUGAAUCUGAAUUUUUCUUCCUUCUUUUAUUGUUGAGUUCAGACCGUUCCUCAUCUGACAUAUCUAAUCCAAUUCCUACCUUCUGCUCCGGAUUUCCAUUUUCCAACCACCAUAGAAACUGCUUUUUCUUCUUGUUCUUGUUCUUGUUCUUCUGGAGCAGUAAGUAACAGGUAGCAGCAGCAGCAGUGGGAGCCAUCUUUGAAGUAGACCCAAGUUCUGAGUUGCUUCUUCCCCUUAAAAAGGAAUUUCAUUUCAGCUUCAGAAGCUGAUUUCUGAGGUGCCCAACAAAAGAUGGCCAAGCGUGGAUACAAAAUACAGGAAUUUGUGGCUCAUUCAGGCAGCGUCAAUUGUUUAAAUAUUGGAAAGAAGGCAUGCCGUCUUUUCAUUACAGGAGGGGAUGAUCACAAGGUUAAUCUGUGGACGAUUGGCAAACCAACUUCUUUAACGAGCUUAUCUGGUCAUACUAGUCCAGUUGAAUCUGUCGCAUUUGACUCAGGAGAAGUAUUAGUUCUUGCUGGAGCAUCGUCAGGUGUGAUAAAGCUUUGGGAUUUGGAAGAAGGAAAGAUGGUUCGCACUGUUGCUGGACACAGAUCCAAUUGUUCUGCUGUGGAGUUUCAUCCGUUUGGAGAGUUUUUUGCAUCUGGCUCAAUGGACACUAAUCUAAAAAUUUGGGAUAUCCGAAAAAAAGGAUGUAUACAUACAUACAAGGGUCAUAGCCAGGGCGUCAGUACUAUCAAAUUCACUCCUGAUGGUCGUUGGGUAGUUUCCGGUGGAUUUGAUAAUAUUGUGAAGGUGUGGGAUCUAACAGCUGGAAAGCUCUUGUCUGACUUCAAGUUCCAUGAAGGACCCAUUAGGUCGAUAGAUUUCCAUCCGCUUGAGUUUCUUCUGGCUACAGGUUCAGCAGAUAGAACAGUGAAAUUCUGGGAUUUAGAAACCUUUGAACUGAUUGGAUCUGCCAGACGUGAGGCUACAGGUGUACGCUCCAUGGCUUUUCAUCCUGAUGGAAGGACCCUAUUUACGGGACAUGAAGAUGGUUUGAAGGUGUAUUCAUGGGAACCUGUUAUAUGUCAUGAUGCUAUUGAUAUGGGAUGGACAACACUCGGUGAUCUCUGUAUUCAUGAUGGGAAACUUUUGGGGUGCUCUUACUACCGAAGUUCUGUUGGAGUUUGGGUAGCAGAUAUAUCGCUUAUUGAGCCAUACGGUGCUGGCUUGGAUCCCGAGAAAAAUGAAGGCACAGAGCAGAAACUUAGUCUUAAGGGAAGUAAACUGGAGAACGUAGAGGUUGAUGUGGGACCAACUUCUGGGUUUCGCAGUAUGUCUCCCGAUGAGUCAAAAGAGAUAAAGAAUAUAUAUAUUGAUUCUGCUGGAGGGAAACCUGUUGCUUUACAGAGAUCAGGAUCUUUUAGUUCUCCAAAAGUAAUUCUACCAGAGGAAUCCAAGGAAAUUUGUAACUUGAGAACGCUGAAGCAGAGUCCUGCAACAGGAAUUCAUGUAAAAUCAAAUGAACAACAACCGAUUAGAAAAUCUUUCAUUGUGCCAAACAUUGUACCCCGGGACAUUCCUGAUGGUAAGGACUCGGUAAAAUCUGGAAAAGAGACCAUCACCUUUUCAAAGACAAAACCUGGGAUGUUACUUAAACCAGCUCAUGUGCGUAGAGCAUCCACUGGCAGAUUUGAUGUUGAUAGGUUUUCAGCAGAUGCAAAUUCUGGAACUCUUAUUUUUGAUACUCCAAGUAAAUUAGACAGUGCAAAAGAUCCUAAGUUCCAAAUGAAUCUAGGAUCUCAGAAUGAAGCCAAAGAAUCUUGUGAAGAUAAACAUCCUAUCAAGAGUGUUACAGAGAAGUUUGACAAGACUAAACCUCCUAACAGAUUUUCUGACCAAGCAAAACGUGAUGAAUCCUCCCCGUGCAAUGAAGAGAUUGGUCCAGUUAAAUAUGUCAAUGGAGUUGCUGUUGUACGAGGAAGGACCCGUUCUCUGGUUGAGAGGUUUGAAAAAAGGGAAAGAAUUCAAAUCAAUGAAGAUCAAACUAAUGCAUCCCUCCCCACAAUAAAUGAAAGGAGGGAAAAAAUUCAUACUGAAGAUCAAAUUAACGCAUCCCCCACCAUGGUAUUUGAGAGGGGGGAAAGAAUUCCCCUCAAUGAAGAUCAAAACAAUAUGCCCUCCAUUCCCAACACACUAUCUGAAACUGAUAAAUCUUUCAACAUACUGAAAGUCGAGCCCCAAAUUUCUAGAGGAUAUUCAAACUCUGCAAAUGAAGAGGAAAUCAUUGAAAGUCUAAUGCAAACUCAUGAUGUAACAUUAAGUAAUCUUCGCUCACGCCUGACAAAGUUACAGGUGGUGCGGCAUUUUUGGGAACGCGGUGAUAUUAAAGGUGCCAUCAAUGCUUUGAGAAAGCUGCCAGAUCAAUCUGUUCAAGCAGAUGUUAUCAGUGUUCUUGUGGAAAAGAUGGAGAUUCUCACAUUAGAUUUAUUUUCUUGGUUACUUCCUGUGCUCACAGGGUUGCUGGAUAGCAAGAUAGAAAGACAUGUAAAGGUGUCACUGGAUAUGCUGUUAAAGCUUGUGGCAGUUUUUGGUGCAACAAUACGUUCGACCAUUUCAGCACCUCCCUCUGUUGGGGUUGAUCUACAUCAAGAGGAAAGGCGGGAAUGCUGCAACCAGUGCUUUAUGCAACUGCAAAAGAUCCAAAUGAUUCUUCCAAUACUAAUACGGAAGGGUGGUUUAUUGGCCAAGUCAGCCGUUGAGCUAAAUCUAGUUCUUCAACAUCCUACCUAACUGAAGAUGAUGUAAGAACUUCAGCCAAAUUGUGAAGGAGCAACUUUGCUCAAUAUGGUCUUAAGCAGGAUUGUGCUUAAAACGAGAUGCUUUCAUGUUGGGUUAUUGUGAUCGUAGCCUACAAUUUUGUCUUGAUGAUUUGCUCUACUAGCUGUCAUCAUCGGCUUUGUUGAUGGAAAGAGCAUUAAUAGCAAAUGCAUUCAUCAGCUGUAUGUAGUAGUCAUGCAUAUUUCUUGUAUAUCUCACAUUCUAUGUUAAAUGAAA